AUUUUUGGUUUUCCACAACAAAUCAUGUCGUGCGACGAAGAAAUUUUAGAAAAAAUCGUGAAUUCUGUAACUCUACGAGUCGUGGAAAUUCUCAUGCUUAUACUAUCAACGAUAUCGAUUCCUGUACUUUUUCAUAUGUUUCACAGGUGCAAAAACACCCAGUUAUUUCAUUUCAAUAUUCGAUUGAUUUCUGCAUUUCACUGUCUUUGCCUAAUGAUUCAUUGCAUUGCAAGAGUAUUCCAGCACGGUGCGGACCUGUUCCUUUACUUCUCAGACAUCCCGAUUUGCGAAAAAGUACCCAGCGUCAAAAGAUGCCUGGCAACCCGGAUUCCCUACAUUUUCGGGCUCUUUUGUGCAAGCUACUCCACAGUAUUCAUGGUUUUGGAGCGGACAAUCGCGACAAAGAACUAUAAAAAAUACGAGAAUAGACAUAAAACUCUGGGCUAUUGCUUUAUUUUCGGCCAGAUUUUCAUGGGAACCACCACGACGAUUGCGAUUUUUUAUAAAUUUGAUUUCAAUCAAGGACAGGAGUUUUGUUCGGGUAGCCAAUCUUCCGACCCAGCCUAUAUGAUCAUACCAGAAUCGGUGGCAAUAUUGUCAAAUUUCAUAGCUUUCUUCCAAUUUGGCAAACUAAUGAGAAUCAAUACAAAAAUCCGAGUAGGAAGCUCUGAAAACAACUUGAGCCAAAAGUAUCAAAUUGAGGAAAAUUUGAAUGUUGUGAGAAUACUCCGUGCGUUCACGAAAUGCGAUUUCGUAUUUAUUUUAAUUUAUUUUACCAUGGGAAUCCCGUUCCAUUUGGUUGGCAAACAUUUGGAUCAUGCAGAUUAUUAUGCACUUUUCGAGGUGAUCUACUUUGUUCCAAUAUACUCGCUAAUCAUGCCAGCCUACAUUUAUCAAUUCUCCAAAAAACAACGCGUCGAACGAAUCAACAGAGUGGAGCAGAAAAUUCAGGUGUCCGAGGACGCGUAUUUUCAGUUUAUACAUAAACAGUGGACGUGA